AGGGAGUACCUCCGCCUUAUGAUAAAACCAAGAGGAUGGUUAUCCCUGAUGCUCUCAAGGUUUUGAGGCUCCAGGCUGGUCACAAGUACUGUUUGCUGGGUCGGCUAUCGUCUGAAGUUGGGUGGAACUACGCUGAUACAAUCAGGGAGCUAGAGGCUAAGAGAAAGAAGAGGGACUUGGCGGAGGAAUUGAAGCUCGCCGCACGCUCACGGAACCCACCAUCAUCGCCCGUGGAUCUUCAUCGUCAAGAGCUCUAUAUAUUGCUCAUUUUGGAGGUUUCGAAGAAGAUUAGCAGUACGGCUUACAUGUCGGCUCAAAAACUGUGGUUAUAGUGCUGUCUUAAGUUUAGAAAAUGUUUCAGAAGCGUAGGAAAUGUUUUGGGAGGAAUAUGUUUUUUAGUGCAGCCUUGACGUAUAUGAGUAGUAUUUGUUCUACUCAAACUUAUGAAACUAUUUGUACUAUGAUGUUGCACUUAUUUAUGACAUUUGAAUAUUUAA